AUGACCUCUCCAGACCUCCACCCCCCGGCAGAAAUACGCGCCGCCGCAAUGGCAGUCGCAAAUGCACUCACUCAAUAUGAAACUUACGCUCUUGUUGGCGGCAGCGCAUGCGUGAUUCUUGGUUCUACCCGUGCAACCCUGGAUAUAGAUUUUGUGGUUUCUCAAGGCAAAACCUCAAACGCAAGACAGUUGUUGCGCGCCUCUCCUGACUUCGAGGUUGAAGCAAGAACAAACCACACGACUUACAAGACACGAAGACCAGUGCAAAUAGAGAUUCUCACACCACCUCUCUUGUUCAAGGAGCCCUUUGAUCACAACACGGGGGUGAUUAUAGUCGAAGGGAUUAAGAUUUUGAAGCCAGCUUUGCUUCUCAAUGCAAAAUGUGGCUCAAUUACUGGUCGAUCUACGGAGGACAAGAGGAAGACUGACUUAUUCGAUAUUAACUUUCUCCUGAACUUCUGCGCUCAGAACCCAGAAUACCUUCCAAGGGCUGACGAAGUUCCAAGAGCAACAAAGCAGCUCGUUGACGUUCUUGUUCAUCUUUAUGGAGGUGAAGAUGCAUGGGUUCGAGCUGGGUAUGACUUGCGGACAGGGCGUUUCAACAGAAACUAA